AUGUUUGCUCUCCGACAAGUUACUUCAACAACCAAGCGCGCAUUUUCCUCUUCGGCUGUUUCGCAAGCUGCUAAGGUCGCUGUUCUGGGUGCUGCCGGUGGCAUUGGACAGCCGCUUUCUCUGCUGUUGAAGCAUAAUGAUUCCAUUUCUCAUUUGUCACUUUAUGAUAUUGUGAAUACUCCUGGCGUGGCAGCAGACUUGAGCCAUAUUAACACAAAGAGCAAGGUCACUGGAUAUGUUCCUGCUAAUGACGGUCUUAAGCAUGCGGUUACUGGUGCUGAUGUUAUUGUCAUUCCGGCUGGCGUUCCGCGUAAGCCUGGUAUGACGCGUGAUGACCUAUUUAACGUAUGGUUAUUAAUUGCGACAAACGCUGGAAUCGUGCGUGACUUGGCCACAGCUGCUGCUCAAUAUGCACCCAAGGCACAUUUAGCCGUUAUAUCCAACCCCGUCAACUCCACUGUUCCGAUCGUCUCAGAGGUGCUCAAGAAACACAAUGUCUAUGAUCCUCGCAGAGUGUUUGGUGUGACAACUCUUGACAUUGUUCGUGCCUCACGCUUUGCAUCUGAGCUAAAAGACACCGAUCCUAAGAAUGUCAAUGUCACGGUUGUUGGUGGGCAUUCUGGAGUGACUAUUGUGCCAUUGCUUUCGCAAUGUCCUCUCAGCUUUUCUGACGAAGAAUUAAAAGCUUUGACUCAUCGAAUUCAGUUUGGUGGAGACGAAGUGGUUAAGGCGAAGGCUGGCACUGGCUCUGCAACGUUAUCAAUGGCAUUUGCAGCUGCUCGAUUCACAGAUUCCCUUCUCCGUGCCAUUGUCAAGGGCGAAAAAGGAGUUAUCGAACCAACCUUUGUCAAAUCAGAUCUAUAUGCCAGUGACGGCGUCGAGUUCUUUGCAUCCAACGUUGAGCUGGGCCCCGACGGUGUCAAGCAAAUCUUCCCUGUAGGAAAACUUAGUGAUUAUGAACAAGAGCUCAUCAAUGCUGCAUUGCCUGAACUGAAGAAAAACAUUGAAAAAGGAAUCAAAUUUGCAAAUGAGAAUUAA